AUGACCUCUGACCAGCAUCCGCAUGCUGCAGCUGAUGUAGCAGAGAAGGUGCUGCGGAGAGUGGAAAUUGCAAAGGUUGCUCGAAACCUCCAAGACUGUCUGGCUUUUGCGAGCUUCAAGGCCCAAAAUGGCUGGCAAGAUCGAACACUUGCCUCGAUCGAACCCGAGUUCACCGAGAAGCUGAAGAGGAAGAGACCGUUUCUGGAGGAAGACCUCCCCUGUGAUACUUCGUCUGGAUCUGACGACGAAUUCGUCCCUACGUCCUCAAUUGCCAAUAACCGCUUCUCCAAACCCUCCAACCCAACCUUUAAAAUCCCUGAACCCCCAUUUACUUCGAGGAAAAGAGUUCGGUCGUCCUCUGCAACCGGUCUCGACAGACAGUCGAGCACGUCGACAUGGAAGCAAGAUCACCGCCUGCCACAGUCUUCACCUCUUCUGAAUCGUGCACAGUCGUUUCAGGAGCAACCGCUCUUUCCUACAAGUUCUGCUAGAACACCUCACCUCGCCAAUGACGACUCUCCCAUGUUUGAUGUUCAUUCUGAUGACGAAGAUCACGACCUCCCUAUGCCUGCCUUUGGCAACGACCCAUCCAGCAGCGUUUUGUCCUCAUCGCCUCCUCGAACACCUCCUUCCACGAAAGCUUUCCUGAACGGUAAUCCCAAGAAUUCUGGCGCCGAUCUCCUCCUGUACCUGGCCAAUUCACCCUCCCGUUCACCAGCCAUCAACAUCCAUCGACCCUCGGACACGUCGAAAGAACCUCCUUCAACUCCACCUGCGCAGCAUUCACACCUUCCGUCUUCAGUGAUGACUACUCCCGGCACUCAUCUUGGGCUGUUCAACGGCGCUUUACAAACCCCGGGGCAGAAUUUCAAUCUGGCCGACUUCUGCAAUGUUACGCCUUCACCUGCCCCGGCUCAGUGGGGCAGCCGAACUCCUAACCUCAGCAAAACUCCCAGUCGGUUCUCGCGAAGAGGAUUGAAUUUCGAUACGUUGCAGGCUCCAUCCGGAAGUCCAGAAUUGCCACGAAAGGUUCCCAUCGGCAAGGGACUGGCUCUGCAGCUGGGUGACGAGCUGAUUCCGAGGUCGUGA